AAUGAUAAUAUAAGAUAACAAGAUUUUAUUGCUUUCUUCGGAAAUCCUGUCGCUGCCUUUCAACAGAACAUACCGCUACCGGAACUCUUACAUUUUACCAUACAGAAAUGUUUUUUCAUUACAUAUUAAAGCAUAUACUUUGCAUUUAAAAUUCUUAAAUUAACCGAAUGGGAAGAUUAAUUUAUCAGAAGCCCUACGACACAUGGUUGUAUACAUGAAUGCCUAGACGAACCCAGAAGCACCAGGAAACAGGAAAGCGAACAUACGGUGUGAUCUCUCAGUAGAUACAUUGUUUUAAAACAUCUUUUGCAGCAAGGUCCAUCAGGAUGAACCCCCUCACCAAGGUGAAGCUCAUCAAUGAGCUGAAUGACAGAGAAGCUCAGCUGGGUGUGAAGGAAUCUGUGUCCUGGCACUCAGAGUACAAGGACAGCGCCUGGAUCUUUGUAGGCGGGUUUCCAUACGAGCUGACAGAAGGAGACAUCAUCUGCGUUUUUUCACAGUACGGGGAGAUCGCCAACAUCAACCUGGUGCGCGACAAGAAGACGGGAAAAUCCAAGGGAUUCUGCUUCAUCUGCUACGAGGAUCAGAGAAGCACCAUUCUGGCUGUGGACAACUUCAAUGGCAUCAAGAUCAAGGGGCGCACGAUCAGAGUGGACCAUGUAAAAAAUUACCGCCCCCCAAAAGACUUUGAGGACAUCGACGACGUGACGAAGCAACUGCGGGAGGAUGGAUGUGCUCCCCAAAGGCCCCCUUCUUCGUCCUCUGAGUCUGAGGAAGAGGAGUACGCUGUGGUGGUGAAGAAGCAGAAAAAAGACAAGAAAGAGAAGAAGAAAAAGAAGAAAGAGAAGAAGGAGAAGAAGAAGGCGUUGAAGGAGGAGAAGAGGGAAGGCCGGGCGGAGCCUCCCUUUCAGCCAGCUGUCAGGGUGAAGCGCGAGAGGGAGGACAGCGGCUAUGAGAAAUACGCCCACCAGGGGGCGCUGCCGGACAGACGCGCGCACGAGGACCACAACCCCAGAGACCGGGCCCAGGGCGAUCGCCACGGUGACCGAGAGAGAGACGGGCGGAGCAGGGAGGGGGCGAGAGGCGGAGAGGGGAAUGGACGGGACGGUGAGAGACCCGGGAGGGAGGAGAGGGAACAGAAAACAGAGAGACUCCACCGAGAGAGAGAGAGAGACACUGAGAGGGAGAGGGAGAUGGAACGAGACCGAGAUAGAGAAAGGGACAAAAACAGAGAGAGAGAAAGAAACAGAGAGCGAGACAGAGGAAGAGACAAGUCUGCCAGCUAUAGAGAACGCAGUCGGGACAGAGAGCACAGGAGGAACUGAAACAGAAUGAGGCAAACAGAUCAGAACGGUAACACACAGAACGAGGCUCGCGUUGAAAUGGAACGGAUCAGAACAGAACGCUUUUACCGCUCUGUUUGCCUGCUCUGCAGAGAAGGAAGAUCUUUUUUGUUUGGUAAUUUCUGUAAAUGGACAAUCGUUGAACUGCCAGUCACGCGUUUCAAUAAAAAUCCAGCAGGAUUCAUGCCCGGGUUCUGAAAAGACUGGAAUGGAACUCUGUUGCCCGGGACGACAGUGGACUGACUUUGGGAUGCAGCAGUGAUGUGCUGCACCCAUGAGCUUGUGCUCCUUCUGCUCCUUUUCUCACCUGAAUAAAGACACACGGUCAUGCGGUGUAUAAA